AUGACUGAGCAAAGGCAGCGAGCCCUGUCCACUUCAGGGGAGGCUCUGUACCAGGUUCUGGGGUUGGACAAGAACUGUACACACGAUGACAUUAAGAAAUCCUACAGGAAACUGGCCUUGAAAUAUCAUCCCGACAAGAAUCCGGAGAAUCCCGAGGCCACAGACAAAUUCAAGGAGCUGAACAACGCCCAUGCCGUACUGUCCGAUGUCACCAAGAGGAACAUUUAUGACAAAUACGGCUCGCUGGGCCUCUAUGUCUCUCAGCAGUUUGGGGAAGAGAAUGUGAACACAUACUUCAUGCUCUCCAGCUGGUGGGCAAAGGGACUCUUUGCCAUCUGUGGCCUUCUGACGGGCUGCUAUUUCUGCUGCUGUCUGUGCUGUUGCUUCAACUGCUGCUGUGGGAAGUGCAAGCCCCGCACCCCCGGAGAAGAGGACCCUGAGUGUUACAUGUCUCCGGAGGAUCUGGAGGAGCAGAUCCGCACUGACAUGGAGAGAGAUGGCGACACCCCUAUUGUACAUCAGCCAACCAAUGCAAGUGAGAAAACCCAGUUGAUUGGUGAUGGACAUCGGACCUACACCUGA